AUGACGUUGAUGCCAACGUGCACACAGUAGAAUUCCUGCUAUUCUGUUACACAUAAAUGGAGGAACGGCCCAAAGAUCGGGUACAUGAGAGAUAUCACCACCAUGGAGAAAGAAACCCUAUUGAAUACACAACAUCGCUAAAAAAUGAUCAGAUCUACUAUCAGUACCAGCAUAAGGAAACGCAGACGAAGAAAACAGGCAAUGGAAAAAUAAACGCCAGUGAUGUGGAUGGGGAGAAGAUUCUGUCUGGGCAUGAUUUUGUUGGUACCCCUUAUUCCACCAACAGCAAUGGUAACAGACAUUUGAUAAAUGCUAACAUUAAACAGAAGUUGAUACAAAAGACUGAUACCACUCUUUCAAAAGUGGGCAGUACUGAGGGUCUUGAUCACAGUAGGAAUAUGGACUGCAUCAAUGACAAGGACAAAGCGUUGGAUUUCACAAAUCACUACGAGGAAACCUUUGUGGAGAAAAAGGAGUCGGCAUGGAUUCUGAAUGGGUUGGCAAUCUCUUCUCAUAUUACAAAUGGUUAUUCCGGCAAGUCUCCCCCUGAUAACGAUGGCAGUGGCUCAGAAUGUGGAUAUACUACUCCUAAGAAAUGUAAGGCCAAACGUAACAGCAUCAAGAACGCAGAUCAUGUGACAAAAGAAAAGGAGAGAGCCAUGCUGCAGGGCAAUGCCGCACAGGAGGCUGAUGCUUGUGGACUUGAACCAACAGAGAGAGUGGUGAUUUCCCGAAUUGCCCAUAAAGCGGAAGCACAGGUAUCAGUAAGGCGGAUGGAGGCUUCAGGGGUUGCUAUGAGUGAGCUGCAGAGGAAGAUUGUAGAUAGUAAGACUGCUGCUGGCGCCUUUGUUAAAAAGUUUGAGGAUAAACCCAAAACCAAACCCUCCUCUUCGAAAGAUGACUCUUGGACUUUAUUCAAGCCCCCUCCAGUAUUUCCUGUCGACAACAGUAGUGCUAAAAUAGUUCCCAAGAUUAGUUAUGCAAGUAAAGUUAAGGAGAACCUCAAUAAAGCAGCUCAGGCUGGCGGGGAGCUCCAGCCUCCUCCUGGUAGACUGUCACAGGUCCCUAUGUCUGCUAUGAAAACCAUCACCUCAGCUAGCUUUACUAAUGGCCCUCUUUCUGGAGAUGGAAAUGGUUGCCCCUUGGUUGGUACCUUCUUCGCUCCUGCUGCUAGUAGUAUUCCACCAGCCCCCUGUCUCCCAUGUGGGGAGAAUGUAGCAUCCUCUCUGGACAGUGUCUGUUGUUCUGCAGCAGCAGCUGUUGAUCAGAGAAAGUGUACUCUCUUUUAUCCCUUAAACCCUUUAAAUAUGCAACCUGUGCUCCCUAGUGCGUGCCAAGUCAACACCCCAGCCGCUCAGACAAAUAAGAAAGCCUUGGGGGACAUCUUCCAGAAUCAGUGGGGGCUGUCUUUCAUCAAUGAGCCAAACGUGGGGCCAGAAGGGGGAAGUGGGCUGGUGGCUUCUGUUGAGGGAAACGCUGCAGUGGUCACAUUUCAAGGGGAGUCAAGCCCUGCUGUGGCAACCGAUCCAGGUCUUGAUGCUAGUCCUUCAAUCCCAGAGCCUUUGGCUCAAGACUCAGUGAAAAGGACUAGUGCCUCAGCUACUGUGAAGGGUGAGGAUGGGACAAAGGCUCAGCUCUCUGAACAGAACAAGAAAAAAGCUGAGGCUAAAUGUCAAGGUCCAGUUGUGUUGGCCGUCACUAAAGAUGUUAGUGUGGAGCCUGCCCAGGCCUCCCUGACCAACCGGGUGUUGGAUCUGUCUAAAGAGCAGGCCCAAUCUUCCAGCCUGGACGGAGGUAGCUGGGGGUCAUUUGAUCUGAAAGCUGCUGUAACUUAUCACACUAAAGAAAUGGAUUACAUUUUCAAUUUGCAAAAACAAGAUCCAAAAAGAAUAGUCUUCUAUGACACGACCAAGGAUGGACCGGAUCAGUGAGCUAGUGAAUGUCAACGCUAACCUAACUCCUUACCUGGGUGCUGCAGUUACCUAUGGCGGUUACGAUCCCUUUGCAAAACAAAACGAGUAAACUGUGAUACAAGGACUGAUGUCCUGUGACAUAUUUAUAUUGCCAUAUAGAUUGGGAUAAUGGAGACUUGUUUCUUGGGGGAAGGGUUAGUGUGUCAAAUAAGAGGACAACUACAAGGAGAAGGGGGAUAAGAGGACAAAUCUCAUUAUUGUAAAAAGUUGAGCGCAGGAGCUUUUGCCAAAGCUCUGGUCUUCACAAACACUCAAACACUUGAAAAAAGGAGAUUGGAUGCCUCUACCAUGUGAAUGGACUCUUGUGACACUUACUGCUGUAAUAGACAAUGGUCUCAUUGCUCCUUCCUCUGGAUGUUCGGGAGAAAUAAGACUGAGGAAGGUGCAAAUUGCACCUCCUGAGCCUUUAUUUUGUUGCCCAUUUAACUGUGGUGACUAUCAGCCUGACAGUAGGAUGCCUCAAUUGUUUUAUUUCCUUAUGCAUUCAAAUUUAGUUUUGUCUCUUCCACUCUGUGUGUGUGUGGUUCUGUGUGUGUGUGUGUGUGUGUGUGUGUGGUUCUGUGUGUGUGUGUGUGUGUGGUUCUGUGUGUGUGUGCGUGGAUUUAUACAUACACAUGAGUAUGUGCACAUUUUAAUUCAUUUUGAAAGAAAAUGAACAAACUCUCUAAGAAUGCCUUGAAUUUUGAAAAGCUGAAAAAGCUGAGCAGAAGGCUGGUAGUGUUAGUAGUACUGUCUCCAGGUUAAAUUAUAUUUAAGGGGAAAGCAUUUGUCUUAAUUGCUUUGUUAAACAAACUAUGCCCAGCAAAGAACUGGCUCCUGGGCAUUUCUUGUUUGAUAUAUAUUUUUUGUUUCUCUUGUAUGGUUCAGUGAUUUUAGAUGUGAUCUACAGUAGGAACAAACUCUAAGAGCACAGAUGGAGAAGUGUCCAAUUAGAACGGAACUAAAGCCACGUCCUCCUAAUCUGGUGGUUUGGUUGUCAGUUGGAGACUUUCUUUGGUAUUAUAUUUGUUUUCAUCAGUUUUAAUUUUUUUAAUUUAUUUGUAUUAAUUUGUUUCUUAAGCCCUUGCAUUUAUAGUCCACAUAUAUCAUUAAUUUCAGAUUAUGAUUGAGGCUAUUUUUAGUUUUAGUUUCUCAUCAGCUGUUCACGUGUGGAAAUUUUCUGGAAGAUGAGAAAAGUGACUUAAUGUGGAGCAAGGGCUAUCUAUGUAUGUGACAUUUCUUACAAAAAGUUUUUGUGUAUUUGAGCAGUAAGGAGGCUUAAAGUGUCUGUCUAAUUCAUUAGGCCUAUGUAGGUAAAAUUCGCUGAAACCACAUGAAGAAAUGGCUUAUUUUCUUGCCCAAGCUUGUCAUAGCUAACCACCCUAGCCUAGGAUACUUUGCUAUUUCAGCAUUUGGUCUUUAUCCACUCUCUGGUUAUGACAAUGUAUUUCUUGCACAUGUUUGCUGGUGUAGAUGAGUGAGUGGAUGAGAUGUGAGAAGUUGCAGUAUAAUAUAUUUAACCAAGCAAGGAUGACAGACUGAAAACAAUCGCAAUACUAAGUUACCAUUUCAUUUCCCAGACCAGAUGCUUUUUUUUGUUAUACUGUUUAUAUGUUGAGGUAAUGAAAUUACUUAAUACCAUAUCAUCCAGCAGUGUCUUUGAUCAUAGUGGCUGUGUUGAAGCCUGAUUAUGUCAUGGCAUGCCAAAUUUGGCAGAACUAUAAGUAGACAGCCACAAUGACAUUGGUACUACCAUCGUUCAGUUUAUUUUCUCUUGUUUGUUUUGAGCUAACGGAGCAAUUGUCUUAGUUAUAUUUCUCUGGUUAUUAUGUGGGUUAAUAGCACUUUAUUAAACUUUUUUUCUAAAAUACAGAUACUAUAUAUAGUUACAUGAAAUACUAACAUCUUUUAAGAAUGGCUUUUGGCUGUUGGUUCUUCUUAAGAAAAAAACAUGACCCCUUACCGAAAUACAAAAUUUCCCUCAGGUAGCAUUGGUAAAGCCAUGACAAAGUUGGAAGAAUUUUAUUUGUCUGCCAAAUGGUUCAACACAAGGUCUAUGUAUUGUGCUCCAAUUAUAGUAAUAAAAAAUAUAAUUUGAAUAGCUGAAAUAUUGGAGUAAUAUGUAAUUAUAAAUAGAGCUGUGGUAAUACACAAACUAUUUAGAUGGCAGAAAAAACUGCCAUGGCUUUAAAGUAGCUGUCAACAUAUUAGCAGGGCUGGGCGAUAUUAGCCAAAAAUUGUCAUGAUACACCCCCCAUCCGGAUGAUAUAUGGUAUAUUCCCUAAUGAUUAUGAUGGUUAUAAUGAUUAUGUAUUCCUCGCACAAAUACUUUAUUAAGAUAUAUUGAAAACUUUCAGCUUGUCAGUCAAUUUAAGUGGAAUUGAUGCGGUCCUAUUGUUUUGUGUUUUGGAGCUUGCUUAAAAUAAAAUAUUUCCAGGUUUUUGAUUUCCCCCAGGUUGUGUUUUGUUUAACUCAUAAAUAUGUAUGGUUACUUUCUAUUUGAGAAAAAACACAGUGGAUGUUCUAACUUCACAACAAUGCUUAAACCAAAUCAACCUUUGUGUUUUAUUUUUAUUUUGCAUGUACAACCCCCUUUUCCAAACAAAUUGGGCUGCUGUGUAAAAUGGAAAUAAAAACAGAAUGCUUA